AUGGCCGACGCAGAACUCGACAACUAUGGCAAGAUCGACUUCUGCACGCUGGGGAUGUUCAUCAUCGCUUUCCGAUACUUGACGCCGAAGCUGCGUGUUGACCAUGAGGAUCUGAAGAAUACAGAUCUCUUGUGGUCCAAGUCCUUUCAUCUGAUCUGUUCCCCGUUACGUUGCAUCGACCUGGUUGAGAACAUCAUUGCAUUGCGCAAGCAACACCCUAACUCGGCUCAUAUUCCUCGGCCAAUAUUCAUCUGGGAGCCUGUUCCUGAUCUUUGUACGCCAGAGGAGUACGAUAAUUGUCUGAAGGCGCUAAAGCAUGUCGACAUUGUCAGUCCGAAUCACGGGGAACUUGGCGGCUUCUUUGGCAAGAACACCGACGGGAAGGAUCAUGUGGAUUUCCGAACAAUCGAAGAGCUAUGCGGUCAGUGGCUACACAGUGGUGUGGGUAACGGCAAUGGUGGGGUCGUCGUGCGUUGUGGGAAAGACGGUUGCCUGGUUAUGCGCAAAGGGUUAGGCAACGGGUUGCGCAAAUGGAUGCCUGCGUACCACCAGUCAGCAGAGAAAGUGGAAGACCCUACAGGAGGAGGCAACAGCUUUCUCGGCGGCCUGGCGGUCGGCCUGGUUCGGGUCCCAGGGUAUCUCGAAGAGGCUGCGAUUUGGGGGUCCAUUUCGGCGAGCUUCGCCAUUGAGCAAGUCGGUAUGCCCAUUCUCUCACAAUCAGCAGACGGGGAGAUGUGGAACGGGGUUCGUGUCGAAGAUAGGCUUUCAGAUUUCAAGCAGCGCCUGGCUAGUUAUAUACAGCCAUAG